AUGAUGAUUUGGAGGAUUGCUACAGGUUGCUUGCCCACCAAAGAUAAGCUAAGCAGGUUUGUUGAUAUUGAUGAUGUUUAUUGUCCCCUCUGUAGGUUGGAAACUGAAACCUCCCUUCAUCUUUUUGCUCUUUGUCCAGUAGCUAAGGUAGUUUGGUUCAGUAGUAAAUGGGGGCUGAGAAUGGAUUCUUUGGGAUUCUCUUCGGAAGUGGAUUUCAUUCAAUUUUUGUGUUCACCCCCAUUUUCCAACCAGCUUAGUCAAAAGAAUGAGCUCUUGUUAUUUGGGGCCAUUCUUUGUGAUGGAAUUUGGAAGCUUAGAAACGAAGUGAUUUUUGAAGACCUUCCCUUGAGAUGUGAUGAACUAAUAGCUAGAGUUUGGAAGUUAUUUAUGGAAUUUAAAAUCUCUAGACCGGUUGCUACUGCAUUUGUAAAUAUCACUCAUCCUUUGCAGCCUUGGUCCCCUCCAAGGCGUCUAUCUGUUAAAAUUAAUGUUGAUGCAGCUAUUGGUCCAAAUCAUUCAUCCUUAGCCUUGGUGGCUAGAGACUGGAGAGGGGACUUGGUUUUUGCUUGCUCUCAAAAAGCGAAAACCACAUUCCCUCUCCAGGCAGAGGCUGAAGCUGUGAGAUGGGCUAUCUCUUUGGUUGCAAAGUUGGAGGCUGACAAUGUUAUUAUUGAGAUAGAUUCUAAGAUUUGUCAUGAUGCUAUUCAUGAGCUGAUUUUGCCCCCGCCUUGGAGAAUUGCUUCAAUCUUAGCAGAUAUGCAGUCUCUUCUUGUAACCUUUUCUAAUGUGUCUGUCUUUUGGGUUCCUAGGCUAGCUAAUAUGGCAGCUCAUUCCCUAACUAAGUGGUCUCUAGCUAGUAAUUUUUUUGGUUCUUUUGAUUGGGGUAGCUGUCCUCUUUGUUUUGCUUCUGUAAUUAAGAAGGAAAGGCUUGGCUAG